UUUAUAUGGUUUCUUUCUGUAUAUUUGAGUUGGGUUAGGAUUUUCACAAAGAGAUUAUCACAACGGACCCGGCGUGCUUAUAAGGGAGUUUCGGAAAUUUCAAUACAAAUUCAUUUGAGAACAUAUUUCUUAGAAAGUAGUUACAUUUUUUAAAUUAGAGACAUUGAGAUGAUAUGUGUAACAAUAAGAUUAACUCAAACGCAAGUUAUAACUAAUCUUCCAAUUUCAGUGAAAUUCGAACUCUGUUCAAACUAUACAGAGAGAAUUUAGGAAAUUCAAUUCCGAACAAUACUUAUCGCCAUAAGUUUUUAUAAAACUAAAAAUACACAAGAAAAAACAUUGCUAAACUUGUGCAAUUGUUGAAGCUAGGCUCUCUAUUCUUCCAGAGAAAAGAAUGGAGAGAUUGAUAUUCAUUUUGACCACAUGUUUUAUGUUCGCAAAUUGUGCACGAAUCCCUGAUGUUGAUCCACUGUCGUAUGCAGCAUCACCGGAACCAAGCUCGCCGGACGUACCAACGACAGCAGGCUCACCAAGCACAGAUGGUUGUAACGAUGUGAUAUUCGAAAUUGCCGAUUGCAUUCCCUUUUUAAGCGAUGGGAACACGAACACAAAGCCGGAAGGUUCGUGUUGUCCUGGAUUGGAGAUGGUGCUAAAAGCUAGUGAUGGCUGCAUAUGUGAAGCCAUAGAAAGUAGUGCUGAUUUGGGUGUUCAUAUAAAUAUGACAAAGGCUAUGACAUUGCCUUCUGCUUGUGGAAUCUCUGCACCUUCUUUUCUUAGUGAAUGUAACCUCCCAUUGCCUCCUGGUGCAAGUGCUCAGGUACCCCACACACAUGCUCCUAAAUCAUCGCCAAAGAGUCACUCUCCAGAACCAAGCCAGGCACCAAGAAGUUCCGUCAAUGUAGUUCCAUCGCCGGUCACUGCUUCACACGCCGGAACUUACUCAGUAUCUGCAUCUCUAAUGCUUACUCUUAGCAUGCUUUCUGCAUCAUUCUACUGUAUUUCAUUUUAACUAAACCGAAGUUUCAUUGCUUGUUUUAUCAUCCUAUGCAAUAUUAGUCAUGCUUGUAGUUUAGCUUGACUAGACUAUGCUUGUGGUUAUGUAGGGUUUUUAUUUCUAUUUAGUCUUGAUUUCUAAUUAAUUUUGGUUUCCUUUUCAUGAAUGAAUUGGCAUCAAUUUUUUUUGUCCUUCAGAAGAAAAACCGUACAGUAGGGCUUUUAUAUAAUAAAAUUAUCUGUCAUGAAUAUUUCUAUGUUUGUACGUGAGAUGUCGUAGAUUUGAAUAUUACGAAAGGCCAAUUUGAUACAAAUUUAUUCUUCCAUCAUCUUAAUGUAAACACAUCGUCGUAUUAAAAAAAUAAUUAAAUUCUCAUAUUUCUUUAGGAAACUAACCAUUCAGAAAGGGAAAAAAAAAAAAAUUAAAAACCAAGAAACCAUGAAUUUCUGUAAUGACAUAACACAUAAUCAUUGGAUUAUCAAAAUUGAAGACAGAUUAGGUGCAAUAUAUUUUUGGUAACAGAAGUGAAGUCAGAAACCUAAUUCCAUGGUUUGGGUUUCCCUCCAACAAAAAGAACAAAGAGUAUUCUAGAUUUGGCCCACUUAAAAAGGAAAGGAAGAGAAAAAGGAACAAUGUAUUGUUGAGGA